AUGGAUCGAUGGCGACGCGCUGAAACGACGCAUGGAAUGCGUGUACGACGAGAUGAGGGCGCGAAGGAGCGAACUGGGACGCGCUUGGUUCGAGCGGACGCCGCGAGGGGUCGAGGCGAACUCGCGCGUAGAAACGCCGGCGCUUGGAAGCUCAGUGAUAGGGAUUACCCUGAGGGCGAAGUCGUGCUAGGCAUAGAGAUUCGCUCGCACUCCAUCAAGGCUGCACCAGUGGAUACGGCUAACGCCGAAUUUCAGCGUCCGGGAGUCACGGUACCGAUCGAAGAGCUCAGUAGGGAGUCGAUGGAGACUGCGCUGAAUAAGAUAGCCAACCACUUCACAUGGAAGGGUCCAGUGGGGAUCAGCUACACGCGUUUGGCUCUUCGCGCGCUCGGAGCGGGGGCAAAUGGGGAAGAUGUAUUAGCAUCGAUGGUUCCGGCUUGGAAAGGACGCAUCGCGACGAUGAUUCAUACCGAGGCAGCAGCAUACGCGGAGAUGUAUUUUGGGCCUGGACGUGAAAACUCUGGGCUUGUGAUGGUCUGCACCCUUGGUAAGGGCUUUGGUGCGGUGUUGUACAAUAGAGGACAGAAAGUACGAAAUGCAGACUUUAAGCACUUGACCUGGACUUACGAGAGAGAACUGAAGAAGCUUCAAAAAUCGUGGGGCUGGAGCGGAGUGGUGCCACCUCUGGACUCGACUGACACGCUGGUUGACAUUGUCGAAGAAUACGGACUGAGUGGUCGAGGGUGGUGGCUCGAGGACAUUCAACCCUCCGAGAACGCGUGUGCGCAGACGGACGCGGUUCUAGCUUGGGCUUCUCUCGUUGACCGAUACUUGCAGAAAGUUUCAUCCAACGUCUCGCCGGAACGUCUCAUUUUGCUUCCCACGGGUGCCGCCUCACAUUGGAGUGAAGACGUCUUGAUCAAACUUUUCCGUCCUGGAAUCCAGCUGGCUGGUCUCGAUCCUAGUAUUUUAGUCAUGGGAGAAUUUCCUGACAGAGCUUUGGUGAAGGGGGCUGCGAUUGGGGCUCACAUUGAACUCCAGAGCAAAGCAGCGAGCAGCGUGUUGCGAGACGCGAUUUGUACGACAGUCACUGAAGGCUCUGAGUUGCGCCCGCUUACCGAGGCUCAGAUGGACUGGGUCUUUAGAAAGCUUGAUACGGAUAAAGACGGCGAAAUUUGCGAAAAGGACCUUCUGACAGGAGCCAGAUUCUUUGGGGCAAACUUAUCCAUCGCUGAGGUAAAUGGAGUCAUGAAAGAGUUGCACUGCGGCGUGUCUGGGGAAAUCACUCGAGACUUCUUGCAAAAGUGGUGGGAUUCGGAGCUUUCGCAUAGCGUCGUCACGCAGAUUUCUUCGAUAAUGGAUCUUGAAGACAUCCUGCAGUCUGCAAAGGUCGCCAAGCCGGAAGUCAUCAAUGUGAAUGGUGUCCUUCAGGCAGCAAAGAAUGAUAAAAUUGUUGUCCUGCAGUGCGGGUUUUCCCACUGUCGCCCAUGCAAAAAAUUUGAGGGCUCGUAUGAGUCCAUCGCCCGGGACUUCCCGGAUAUCCGCUUCCUAAAAGUGUUCGGUGAUACCACACCUGCAGCCGCUCACCUGUGCAGGGAUGUUCUUUCUGUUCAAAGCACACCCGAUUUCCGAAUCUACAAAGGUGACAAAUUGCUCACGCAGUUCACCGGCGCUAAUAAAAUUAGACUCGAGGACGCUCUCAAGGCUGCUAUCGAGUAG